CUUAUUCCCUAUGGGAUAGGAUCACUUAAUUAACCUCUCAAAUUAUAAUAAAGACUUUCUAAUAAUAGGUUUUAAGAUCCUCCUCAUCAAACUCAAACAUCUUACUGAUAGUAAUCGUUUUAGAAACGCAUCAAACCCACACAGGCGGCUAGACUCCAUUCAGUUUAUUCGUUCAAAGUUUCAUUUUUCAUCUUCCCUGGGUUUCCCUGCUUAGAGUUUGUCAAUCGAAACAAAGGUUUUGCAGAAGAUGGUCUCCAAGAGAAGAGUUUCUGAUUCCUGGUGGAGCUUCAAACUUUCCCGAAUUAUGCUCUCAAAGAAGGUGGUUUCGCGGAAGAAGCUCAGAAAGAGAAAGGUUUCUUCGGUCAAGAAAACGUCCCCAAAAUCACCAUCAUCAGCAGGGAAGACUGAAUUCAUAUUUAGAUCCAGUCGUUUUGAUCGAUUUCCCAGCGACCCUUCCUAUGCGGUUGUUGAUUGCCCAAGAAUUCUCCCCUUGGCGAUAAUGGAAUCCAGUAGACCAGACCAACUUCCGGUUGACAUGGUUGACAUUUCCGGAAAGCAGAUUAUAAGUGUUAGGAAUGCAGGGGAUAAUACAGAGAAGCAGAAGAUUGUGAGUGAUAGGAAUGCAGGGGAUAAAACAGAGAAGGGACUCACCACUUUUGGUUUUGUUUAUGGAGGAGUGGUUACUGUUGAUGGUAAGGACGGUGGACAGGGAUCAGGGAUAGGCACUGUACAGAAUGUUGUUAAGAUUGAUUCUCGCAUGAUUGUUGGGGAUUGCGAGGUGUUGAAAGCAUUGCUCGAUGAUUUACAGAACAAGUACAGCGAUCAUGAACGGUUGGAGGUGGAUAGAAGAAUUCCUGUUUUAGAAGAAGCAUCACCUGCGAGGGACAUGAUUGAAGGACACAGGAACGAUAUAGUUUCUCGGAAGAAAUCCUCUGCAUGGAGUCUCAAGUCUAUACUAAACGGGAUUUUCAGUUUCUGGAGGAAGUCAUAAAUCGUCUGUUCAAUUGACUAGGAAUUAUCGCUGCUGUUGAUUUGUGGUUUCGGGUGGUUCUAAAGUUACACUCACCAGUCACCACUUGCGUAUGUACAUAGUCCUUUUUCACCUUUUACUACAUUUUGGCUUUAUAACUCUUCUGCAGAUAGGAAUUCAUCAUGAUCUCAAACUAUUAGCAAAGGCAUAGAUCUAGAUACAUUUUUCUUGAAAGCAGAAAAGGCAGAGUUUGUGCAGCUGAUUCUCACAAUCAAGCCUAUCCUUCUGAUACUUUUCAAGGUUUUGGAGCCGGGCUAUGCCUACUUGAAAGUCUCGUUGAUGGACAAUAUAUAUAAGUUUUGGAUUUUCGGUUCUCGGUCCUAAACCUAAAUUUUUUUUGUGUGUUGUGUUUAAUUUCAUACGUGUUAAUGAGG